AUGUAUUCAGGGGCCUUAGGGAAUCCUGACUUAGAAGCAAUUGGGUUUUCUCAAGCCAGGUGGAAACUAAACCCCAAGGAGCUGAAAAAAGAAGAAGCUCGCUAUGGCUCCAGCCCCCUGGCUAUGCUAACGGCCACCUGCAAUAAAUUUGGAGGCUCCAGUCCAAUCCGGGAUUCGGCCACACCUGGGAAAGUGGGGAACCCUUUGGGGAAGAAGCUGUACCAGCUGGGAGCCGAGCAGUCCAGCCCCAAGCUCCGCAGCUCCGAGGCCAUGGGAGAUUCCUACACGGCUGCCUUCCCCAGUGGGAAUGGGCUGAUGUCCCCCUCGGCCAGCCCGCAAGCCUCCACCACCUACGGCAACGACUACAGCCCCUUCUCUCACUCCUUUCCAGCUUCCUCCGGCUCUCAGGACCCCUCAUCCCUCCUGGUGUCCAAGGGCCACCCCUCGGCCGAGUGCCUUCCCAGCGUCUACACCUCCUUGGAUAUGGCGCACCCUUACGGCUCCUGGUACAAAGCCGGGAUCCAUCCUGGGAUCUCCAGUAGCUCCAGCAAUGCCACAGCCUCCUGGUGGGAUGUGCACUCCAAUACCAACUGGCUGAGUGCCCAGCCCCAGUCGGACGGCCUCCAGGGCUCCCUUCAGCCUGUGCCAGCCCAGACAUCCCUGAGCCCUCAGCUGCCGAGCUACAGCUCCGACUUCACCACCUUGAACCCUGCCCCAUACCCGGCCGUGGGCAUCACCUCCUCCUCUCAUCUCCUCCCUUCCGGCCAACACAUGCUGUCCCAGGAGAUGUACAAGCCCAAGCCUGUGGCCAACAACUCCCUGAUGGAAGGCGGGAUCGGACUGAAGGCCCCGCGUGGCGGCACCUUCAGCAGCACCACCGGCCGCUCGACGUGUGAUUGCCCCAACUGCCAGGAGCUGGAGCGGCUCGGGGCCUCAGCCGCCAGCCUGCGGAAGAAACCCAUCCACAGCUGCCACAUCCCGGGCUGCGGGAAGGUCUACGGCAAGGCCUCCCACCUCAAGGCCCACCUGCGGUGGCACACGGGCGAGCGCCCCUUUGUCUGCAACUGGCUCUUCUGUGGCAAGCGCUUCACCCGCUCAGACGAGCUGGAGCGUCACGUCCGCACCCACACCCGGGAGAAGAAGUUCACCUGCCUGCUCUGCAACAAGAGGUUCACCCGCAGCGACCACCUCAGCAAGCACCAGAAGACCCACACCGAGAUGGGGGCAGCCAAGCCCGCUGAGGGCGAAGCCGAGAGGGAGGAGACGGCCACUGGCGGUGGCUCUCCAGGCGCGGCCUUGCAGGACGGGCUUGCCAACGACGACAAAGACACCACCAGCCCUGAGCAAAGCAGCUUGCUGGAGAUCUAA